ACGACCACACAUAAGCGCCUGACUGCUCUUUGAGCUGUCUAACGACUGAGCAGCGUCUUGAACCUCGAAAUUGAGCAGACACUGUUCGCACAAGAUCGUCGCGCUGAACGGCUGAUGAGAAAUGGCUCCAGAACAAGACAACCUGUAUGCGGGCGUUCCCUUCGAUGACUCUAGCGGCCAGAUCAGAUUAUUGCACAUACAGAGCGCUCAACAGGACUGCUUGGACGAAACGAUACGUUGUGAACUUAUGGUCUACAAACUGUCGGACGCUCGAAGAACAUACACUGCCAUUUCUUACACUUGGGGCGCUGAAGCUUCCACUAAAGAUAUCAUCAUCAAUGGCGUUCGGCGUACCGUCCGCUGGAAUUGCUGGUAUGCUCUCCGCCAAAUGCGUUGUGCCGACACGAACGUGCCAUACUGGAUCGAUUCCAUUUGCAUCGACCAGACUAGCGACUCUGAGAAGGCAAACCAAGUCAGGCUCAUGGGAUUCAUCUAUUCGCAAGCGGAUAGCGUGGCUGUCUCCUUGGGAGAGACCGGCGAGGACCAAGAUCUCUUUUCGGCCUCAUCCACCAAUGCCGAGUACAAAUGGCAAUACCAGCGUGCGAUGGCAAAACUCGCCGAUAGACCGUACAUUGACAGACUUUGGGUCACUCAAGAAUGUAUGCUGGCCCCGAAAGGCCGACUUACGGUCUUUGUGGGCGACGACUCUGUGGCAUGGAAGACUUUGAGAGAGAGGAUCGAUUUAGCAGGCAUUGCAAUCGUGAACGGCAAUCAACUUCUGAGAGGAUACAACUUCGUCGUCGACGCAGACACUUGGAACACCCAAGGCUAUACGCCGGACUUUGGGCACGCCAUUUCCAGAUACAGUGAGCGGCUGUGUCACGAUCCUCGCGACAAAGUUUUCGGGCUCCUGGGUCUAGUCGAACGUACAGAAACUGAGCAUAUCAGGGUGAAUUACCAAGUCCCCCUUCUGGACCUCCUGCUUGACGUUGCUUCCAUCCAACCCAACAAUGAUCCAGCUCGCUUUGCAGCUGUCGAACCCGGCGAUUAUGCCAGAGCGGGAAUUGACCCAGUACGCUGGAGCCUCGACCACCUUCCCACCACUUCUCUUCGAGACGAAUUUGUGCCAUUGUGUCAUGAGUUUCGCUCGGACUUCGCUUUACUGUUCAAGUAUCACUGUCUCGGUCCUAGCGGUACUCUCAAUGACCGACUCAGGCUCCAGAAGACUUCUUGGGCAUCGGGCUGUAAAUGCAAAUCGCUCGGCGAAUUGGUCGAUGAAUGGUCGAGUCUCUUGAAUGCAGAAACCCGCGAGCGGUCCUCCCCAAGAGCUCCCUGCGAGCUCGUUUUCCUUGGUCAACUGCCUGUCUUCACGCGGUAUCGUCGAAGAGACUUCAAUGAGCCCAUGGGGAGUUCCCGCCGAAACAUGUUCUUGUUGGGAGACCCACAUGUACGAAAUCUUGUGUUGAAGUUCUGCGCGACUGCGCACAAGCGCACGCACGAAAGCUACCCGUACCCGUUGUGGACACAGAAAGAAGUCGCAGAGGUGCUCAUGUCGUAA